GCAGCACUUUCACUUUGAGCCGAGCCACUGACAGAGAGAGAGGACACACAGGCUGGUCAGAGGGGGACAGAGGGACGAGCAGGCCAGAGGAUCUGCGCUUUAUCCACUAACCACAUUCAGGGCAGUGAAAGGAAGGAUUCAGAUCAGGCUGUUAUAGGAAAAUUCGAGAUCGGCAGAGAGACAGAAAGGGAAAGAGAUAUAGUUUUAAAACAAAGGCUGCACACAGGCCUAGGUGGGAGAGAGCGAGAGAAGGGAUUGCGUGUAAAGAUAAAUGAAGAAUUCUUUGGAAAGUACCAAAGGAGCACUAAAGGAAAGGAAUUUAUAAGGGAUGUGGACAAGAAGAAGACGAAACACUAAGCCGUGAGGGAGAAGACCGCUGCAGACCUGUGUCACAGACCUGAAGAAACCACAGAGGAGGAAACUUCACAGACUGAUAGUGAGAAAAGAACAAAAAAAACUGUGCAUAGUGAUUGCUGUCAACAAGAGAAAUGGAGAAGUGUCCACUCUUAGAAAGAUAAAAGGAUGUCACUGCCAGUUUUGCUGUUGUUAUCAUUCUUGACUGUCCAAUGUGGUGGAUGUGACUUUGACCGGGAAGGCGUGAAAAACAUUAAACGGACGAUUGAUUCUAAUCCAACUGGGUUUCGGACAGUUUUUCCUAAAGAUUACGAUGUUGAGCACCGCUACACAAAAAGCAUGCUCUGUGACUCUGAUCCGUGUUGUGUGUUCCCUGCUGCAGUUGUCCUCUUGGAUUCCUGGCAUGUGCUCCUUAGAAACCUCUGGGAUGAGCACUUGAAUCACUCCUUAAUCAUUGAGCUAAAGCAAACACUGGAUAAUAUUAUAAAGAAAAACAAAAACAUAGAGAGAUUCCUGGAGGAGAAUGAUCUGUCCCAGUUAUCCGUGAACCGAUCUUCACCCGAAGAACUCCUCAAACUCACAUCUGAGCUCUUUGCUCGGUGGAUCGAGGUCGUGUGUACAAGUGAGAUUGAAACGUGCCUCAUUCCAACUUUGCCCCCCCCAUUUGAGAGAAAGGAUUACAAUGUGCCGAGACCCAGACUCUUGACCACUCGUGCUAUCAGAAGUUUGAACGUGGAAGAAGAUGGACUGCAUGAGAAAGUGAUGGAUAUUAUUCGGCCACCGUCAAACGGUGGUCCCCCAUCUCUAUCAUACUCUGCUUCCAUUUGGAGCCCUUUGCUAUUUAGACUCUACUGGUGGUUGCUGCCAUAGUUACCAAGAUGGAUCAUACUCUUGAUGCACACAAAAUGCAAAACAUUUCCUGGCACUGAAUGUUCAUUUCUUUUAUUGUCUUUGUGUUGUAAUGCAGUAACCUUUGUUCAUAUGAAGUGACAUGCACAGGUUGCAUUUAUUUUCCAAAGUUUAUUCAAAUACCUGAUUUCACUGUUCGGCAGUGCUCUAUAUAGGAACUGAUAUCAGUUACAAACUUAUAACCAUCCACUCCAGAGCAAGCCACAAGCUACUGCUCAUUAUGCUCUUUAUGCUAACAAGUCGAGUAAGCAAAUGCACAUAAGCCAUCGUCUAACUGAUGUGGAAUUCAUCACUGUUUACAAUGAAUGUUAUGUAAAAUAUUGAACGUUUACUUUUGUAUAUAAUUGUAAAUUAAAGCCAUUUAGAUAAUA